AUAGGCUUUUUCUAGGGCAGCUUCAUUCAGGACCCGGUCAGUUAGCCACGGUUAGCAUUAGCAAUCAAAUUCAAAAGUGCCAGGACGGUUCCGCUCGUGCGAGUAAACCCGAACAUGGCUGCGUCACCGGCGGUCACAACACUGAGUGAAAAUCCGACUGAAGUCUUCUUGGACGUCGCCAAGUUGUUACUAACAUACGCGGACAAUAUUUUAAGGUUUCCCAACGAAGAGAAGUACAGGUCGAUUCGUAUUGGCAACCCUACCUUCUCCACCAAGCUGCUGCCCAUCAAAGGUGCUGUGGAAUGUCUCUUUGAGAUGGGAUUUGAGAAGGCUGAGACUCACUUGGUCUUCCCCAAGUCUGCAUCAGUGGAGCAGCUUAAGCUCAUCAGGGAAUCCAUUGCAGCAGAGAGGGAGAGCUGUAUAAGCUUCUUAAGGACACUUCAAUCCAACUUCGAACAUGUGAUGAUGUACGAAAACCUUGAGCUGCAGCAGAAGGCCAGGGACCGCAUCCCUCAUCAUGAGCUGUCCUCUGCUGCUCAAGACAAACUCAGAGCUGCUGUUGAGGCUGACCCAGGUUGUAAACUUGGAAUAGAAGACUUCCUGGUACUAGAGUUGCUCAGGUGGUUCAAGCAGGACUUCUUCUCUUGGGUGGACCGCUUGCCCUGUAGCCGCUGUGGAGGGCCGACCAGUCAUGCAGGCUCCCUCAGGCCCAGCGAUGAUGACAGCCACUGGGGCGCUCACACAGUGGAGAACCAUUACUGUGAGAGCUGCAAGCUCUCCACCAGAUUCCCCAGGUAUAACCAUCCUGAGAAGUUGUUGGAAACCAGGAGGGGGCGCUGUGGGGAGUGGGCAAACUGUUUCACCCUGUGCUGCAGAGCCCUUGGCCUUGAGGCCAGGUACAUCUGGGACAGCACAGACCACGUGUGGACGGAGGUUUACUCGGUCUCCCAGCGUCGUUGGCUCCACUGUGACUCGUGUGAGAACGUCUGUGAUAAACCGCUGCUGUACGAGGUCGGCUGGGGAAAGAAACUGGCCUACGUCCUGGCUUUCUCUAAGGAACAGGUAGUCGAUGUGACGUGGACGUAUUCCUGUAAACGUCCAGAGGUUUUGUCCAGAAGGACCAGAGUUCAGGAGGCCUCGCUGCUGCACAUCAUCAAUCACCUCAAUGCUUCAAGGAAACAGUCACUGAACACGAACACGAAGAGGAAGAGGAAGAGGAAGAAGGAGCUGACCGAGAGGUUGCCUGUUGAGCUUGUUGAGUUCAUUUCUCCAAAGAAACCAAAACCAGGAGAGCUGGGGGGCCGCAACUCUGGGUCUCUGGCCUGGAGGGUAGCCCGGGGCGAGACUAGCGCGGCCGAUACAGGGACCUCCGAACAGGUUUCAGGUUUCGUGUUUACUGCUACUGAGGAAGAAAAGAGUGCCGGGUUACUACAUGUGCACUACAAUGCCACCAAAGACCAGUACUGCCGAGUGUCCAACAACUCUGAGAUCAUCCAGAGCUGGGAUCAGUGUGUGUGGAGGAAGGAGUCUGUCUUCAGAAAGGUGGAGAAUGACUGGCAGAUGGUGUACAUAGCCCGAACGGAAGGGUCUUCGUCGGGCAAAAUCAGCUGGAAGUUUGACUUUGCUUCAGCAGGAAUGAAGAUUAAGUCUGUUUCCGUCAUGGCCAGUAGCCAGACCUUCCAAUCUGGGAAAGUCUGUUGGCGCUUGCAGUCCGGCCAGAUUACAACAGAGUUCCCUGGAGAUGGAAAGAUGGAAUCGUUCUCCUCUAUGUCUGGAGCUUCAGAGCUCAUUGUAGCAGCAGAACUCAGCGGGGGAGAUGGGGAUGUCUCGUGGCAGCACACUCAGCUGUUCAGACAGAGCCUGAAGGACACAGAGGAGUCAUCAUUUGAAAUCCUAAUCUACCUUCAAGAUGCUUAACAGUAGUUUUUAACUUAAAAAAAAAAUUAACCCAUAAUUGUUCUUUACCAAACUGUGGAGGCGACAGGCACCUCUUGACAAAAUCAGUGCACUAUAUAAAUGUGUAUUCUCUCCAGGACGAUAGAACAUGCAUGGCCUAAUGAUAGAUGAUUGAAUUGAACCUUUUAAUGUUUAUCUUUUAAAAACCAUAAAGCCAUAUAAGUUUUUUUUUUUUUUUUUUGACAAUUUGCCUCCACUGUGAAUCUGCUGGUCAUAUGUGAUGCGCGGAGACAUUCCACAUAGUACGCAAGGGAGCGCAUGUGGCUCCAGAUCUGUUGUUUGUAAUAAACUGUCUCUUUUGGUGAGUGUGUAUUAUGUUUUUUUUUGUUGUUGUUGUUUGUUUUUUUGCAUCUGGUCAUACCCAGUGAUGUGUGUUUGCAAUUCUAAAUGGAUCAGAUUAAUUUUUGAGUUGCUGUGAUGAAAAGAACUCAUGUAGUGUAUGGUAAUAAAGAUAUUUUUGUAGUGUG